GUGUCCCGUGCAGAUUGUCUGAUUCUGACCUCAAUUUUUGAAGGGAGGAAAAGCGUAACUUGGUUUAAAAAGGACGAUAUACAACAGUAUGACACUGUCAUUGGGUGCAUUAAUGACGGGAAGUGUCAUUGGGUUGCUGUGGUUAUGGAUGUCCAACACCAUAUUGUGACAAUUAUGGACCCGCUCAAAAUAUCAAAGAAAUUGAGAACAUAUGAAAAGAAUUUCAACUACUUCACUAAAAGCAGAGAUCUUGGUACAUGGACAAUCUGUACAGCAGUUGGGUAUCCUCUGCAAAAUGAUUUUAGCUCAUGUGGUGUUUAUUGUUUGAAGUUCCUCGACCGAUACCUAAGUAAGACAGAUACAUCUUUGGAAUUAAACGUCCAAGCUGAAAGAUUCACAAUUGGCAGUGAAAUUGUUCAAGCUGUGCAAACAAAAGGUGCUGUUAUGACAUGCUUCUUGUGUGCUAAAGAACCAACUAACAUGAGAGCAUGUUCAUGCUGUAAAAGGAAUUUCCACAAAAAGUGUAUGACUCCAGGACUAUGCAGUCUGUGCUCAAUUUUUCCACCUGGUGAGUGCAAUAGAAAAUUCUACCAUUUCUAA